UUGGUGAAACAAUUAAUUAUUCAAAUAUCAAUAUGAUCAGAAGUUUCUUUAUCAUCUUCCUUAUUAUAAAUUACUUCUUAUUGCUUUUGAGUCUUGGCGGCGAUGCGAGGAAAGGCCCUUUAUCUUCCUCGGAGAAUUACUGGAAAUUGGUAAUGAAAGGAGAAGCCAUGCCCAAACCAAUUGAAGAGCUCAUCGUGAUCGAGGAUGAUGGUCAAUCAGCUCAUCAUGAUUUCUCCUCGAGCUCCAGCUCUAGCUCUAGCUCUAACUCGGGCUCGGGCUCCUACGAUGCAUCUGUCGGCCGAAGCUUUAACAUGGACCAAUUUACAAGAGAUUUUGAUAUCAAGCCUAACGUCAUAAUCUAUCACAAACACGUACGUUGAUCAUCAUCAUAAUCAUAAUUAAUUAAUUAUAUUUAGAUGAUCACUGAUCUAUCAUUAAAUAGUUAAAGAAAUAGUUAAUUACAAUCUUUUCUUCUUCUAGCUUGUUAUAGACAUAUAUAUUGUCAUUAUCAUCAUCAUCGUGUAGCCUUUCAUUGUUUUUUUUUGUUUACUAUGAGCUUGUUUUGA